GGCGUUGCUUCGAACUAGUUGCCUUCGGAGUAAAACAUUUUCUAAGCACAAAAAUUUUGCAGGCACUAAGAUGACGCAAAAUUGUGAAACUACGAACUGCAACAAAGAGGCAACGUUGCAAUGUCCAACGUGCCUCAAGCUGGGUAUCAAGGGCUCCUUCUUCUGCUCACAGGAAUGCUUCAAGGGAUUCUGGAAGGAGCAUAAAGUCAUCCAUGCCUUGGCUGCUGGUGGCGAGAAGCCUGCGGUCAAUGAUGGCGUCUACAAUCCGUGGCCGCAUUUCCGUUUCACGGGCAAACUGCGUCCCUUUCCACAGACGCCCAAGCGAGCUGUGCCCGAAUCCAUUGGCCGACCAGAUUAUGCCGAUCAUCCGGCGGGCAGGUCCCUCUCGGAGGAGGCACUUCGUGGCACGAAGAUUAAGGUGCUCGACGACGAGGAGAUCGAGGCAAUGCGUGUGGCUGGUCGACUGGGACGCGAGUGUCUGGAUGAGGGUGCCAAGGGCAUUGAGGUGGGCGUGACGACGGAUGAAUUGGAUCGACUCGUCCAUGAGGCGGCAAUUGAGCGGGAUUGUUAUCCGUCGCCCCUCAACUACUACAACUUCCCCAAGUCGUGCUGCACGAGCGUCAACGAGGUGAUUUGCCACGGCAUACCCGAUCAGCGUCCCUUGGCGAAUGGCGACAUCUGCAACAUCGAUGUGACUGUCUAUCAUCGUGGCUUUCACGGUGAUCUCAACGAGACUUUCUUCGUCGGCGAAGUCGCCGAAAAGCACAAGAAACUGGUGCGCAUCACCUACGAAUCAUUGGCCAAGGCCAUUGAGCUAGUGCGUCCGGGUGUCAAGUAUCGUGAGAUUGGCAACGUCAUCCAAAAGUAUGUGGCGCCCCAUGGAUUCAGUGUCGUCCGUAGCUAUUGUGGACAUGGUAUUCAUCGCGUCUUUCACACCGUUCCCAAUGUGCCCCACUAUGCCAAGAAUUCGGCCGUUGGCGUCAUGGCUGCCGGACACUGCUUCACCAUCGAGCCCAUGAUCUCGGAGGGAGUGCAGAAGGCGGAAUCCUGGCCAGAUGAUUGGACUGCUGUCACUGCCGAUGGCCUUUUGUCGGCCCAAUUUGAGCAAACGCUGCUCGUCACCAACAAUGGUUGUGAGAUCCUCACGAAGCGCCGUGAGAACAACGGGCAACCCUGGUUCAUGGACAAAAUGUAAAGUUGCCAAGGAUUGGUUUUCAUUUCUUUUUUUUUGUUGUUUUCUUAUUUUUUCUUCUUUGAGUUUACAAUAAAAUUAAAAGUUUGUAUUU